AUGCGAUUUCAUCACCAAGAAUUGGAUCAAUGCAUCCAUCUACCAGGAACGGCUCUAACGAAAUUGAAUAGUACCGAGGACCCUACCUCAAUCAACGCGGUCCUAUUCCAGGGAUCGACGUGCAUGCCACCUGCUCUCAUGCCCACGCAGAGUAACUGCACAGUUGGCGGUUAUCCCGAAUACUCGGUCUCAAUUCGCAACGUAGCGCAGAUCCAGCUUGCGAUUAAUUUUGCCCGCAACCUCAACUUGCGCGUGGUGAUCAAGAACACCGGCCACGACUUCAGCGCGAAGUCCGUCGGGAUGGGGGCACUGUCGAUCUGGACUCACAACCUUAAACAGAUCCAGUUCUUUGAUAACUACCGACAAGGCUCCUACCGUGGCCCUGCCUUUAAACUUGGUACCGGAGUCCAGGCUUUUGAGGCAUACGAAGCUGCUAGGAAUAAUAAUGUCACUAUCGUGGGCGGUGAAGGCCGAACUGUCGGCGUCAUGGGAGGUUUCUUGUUGGGUGGUGGCCACUCGCCCCUAUCAAGCCUGUACGGCAUGGCUGCGGAUCAGGUGCUCUCUAUGGAGGUCGUCACGGCCGAUGGUCGAUUCGUGACCGCAAGCGAAAAUAGCCAUCCGUCCCUAUUUUGGGCUUUACGCGGCGGCGGAGGUUCUACUUUCGGCGCCGUUACGUCGGUCGUCGUUAAAGCGUAUCCGAAGAUCAAAGUGACUACAUUGACUUACGUUUUAGCUACAGGGCCGACCCUCUCAUACACGCAAUUCUGGGAUGCGUUACGCGCCUUCUUCGACGGCUUCAUCACUUACACCGACGCCGGCAAUUAUGAAUAUUUCCGAAUUUCGAGGCUAGGAGAAGGGAAUUAUUUCUCGGACAUGGGUCCUUGGUUCGCACCGGGCAUGAACAGGACUGAGCUUGAGACGUUGGUCGCCCCUUUAUUCGCUAAAUUUAGAGAUCUGGGUGUUGAAGUCAACCCUGUUUACACCGAGUAUGAUGACUUUUAUGAUGCCUGGUAUGCGAGCUUUCCGGUCGAGCCUUGGGGCAGCAACGCGAUCCGUCAGGCUAGUCGCCUAUUCCCGAAGUCCAACUGGCAAGAUCCGGCGAGGCUGAAUGCUACGUUCGACGCUAUCAAGAGCGUUGUCGAGGAGGGUGGUUACAUAGUCGCGUUUAACAUCGCGGCCGCGCCUAAGACGGGAUAUCCGGACAACGCCGUAAAUCCAGCAUGGAGAAAUACGGUGAUGCACGCUAUCAUGGCAACACUUUGGAAUACGACCAGUUCCGAGGCGGAUAUGAAAGCCGCCAGCGACAGGCUCACGUACGGGUGGAUGCAACGUUGGAGAGAUGUAUCACCCGGCGCUGGUGCUUAUAUGUCGGAGGCCGACUACAUCGAGCCCGAUUUCAGCCAGGCGUUCUUUGGAAGCAAUUACGCGAGGUUGUAUCGAAUCAAGCAGCUGUACGAUCCAUUCGGCGUCUUCUACGCCCAUACCGCCGUUGGAUCGGAAGAUUGGAAGAUGUCUGAGAUGAUAUUAGGAAACUUGCCUUCACAAAACAGUAAAUUAUGCAGAAAGAUUUGAAAGAUAGCUUAUUAAAUUAUUUUACUCUUGA